CCAUGGUGCUCAGGUGCCAAAACACAAACCUGAUGCAAGAAAACCUAGUCUUACCAAAGAUGUGCCAACCCCUGAGAAUGAAGGUCAAAUGAAAACUGCCAACACUUCUUCAGAUGCCAAUACUUUGCUUACUGCCAAAGCCAGCAAUGGUCAGAGUAGUGAUGGGCGAAGUUUUAGUCUCAUGAAUUCUCUCCUAAAUCUCUCACACAGUGCAGACAGUCGGGUAGCUGUUAAGGCUUGUGAGGGCCUGAUGUUGUGUGCUAGUUUACCGGAGGAGACAGCUGCCACUUGUAUCGUCCACGACACAGCCUUCUGUACUGAGAUGAGUCAGAGGCUCAUAGAGGCAUAUCUCAAACUACCGUCUUUCAUAAGUUCUGUGGAUCUCGAGAAUGUAGAGGCCAAAUGGGGCUUAGAUAUCAUCACAGAGAGUGAGGAUCAUAAGACAUUUCUAGGAAAGCGCCAUCUAGUGAGUUUUCUCUCCUGGCUGGAUUAUUGUGAUCAGCUGAUUUCUGUCUCAAAUCCCAUGGUAGCCAAAAACCUGGCCAAGUCCAUCAGAGAACUGUUUCUGAAUGUUAUCAUGGAACCAUCAGUGUUACAAACGUCUGAAUCAGGUGCAAUACUAGCUACAGCAUACCUCAAUAGGUGUCUACGGACCGUGUGUUCCCCAGAACUCCUCUCUGAGUUUUGCUUCUUCAUUCUGGGAUCAGAGAGGUUACCAGAGCAGAAAGAGGAGACAACUCAACCUGGCAUCAGAGACCGACUCAUUGAGCGCUGUAAUCAUUUAUCUGAGGAACUGAGUUUGAUCACUCUGAAGUUGUUUGACACUCUUCUACAAAAGGAUGAUGAACACAUCAUACAUAACUUAGUACUACGCAAUCUGUUAGGUAGGAACUACUACAAAACUGACAGCAAUGAGAGGAAGAACGAGCAGGACAAGGGAGAAAACUCCCCAACUACAAACGGAAUCUCUGGGAAUAGUGAAGAGAACACAUCCACAGAAGCUUCAGCUAAGCCAAACCUUAACCGUUCAACAAAUCGCACAGAAGUUCACAAGAUUGUCAACUGUUUCCUGUCCUUGCUGCCAGAGCAGUUAAAAUCCAGUUAUCAGACAGCGGACAGUGGAUAUGAUAUGUAUUUAAGAGAUGCCCACAAACAGUUUCAUCAUGUGUGUGAGAUGACCGAUCCCUGGUCUUGGCCUAAAGAACCAGUUGUCAUCAGGAGAUUUGUUAUGGAGGAAUUUUAUGAAGGGGCUUUUCUCAGAAUGUUACUAGAUAAAAUGUCUCACUUAAUGGAUCAGAGUUAUCCAGUUAACCUUCAGUUGACCUCUGUUAUCUCAAGAUUGGCUCUCCUGCCACACCCCAAUCUCAGUGAGUUCCUGUUGGAUCCCUUUCUCCCUGUCAGGGAUGGUGUCAAAACUCUUUUUUCUGUCUUCCAGAAGCUGUCCAGUGAGAUUAGAACAAAACUUCACACACAAAGUGACCUUAGUCAGAAACUGGUUAGUGUUCGUCGUCAGUUAAUGGGAACCAGUCCAAAUCUCCACAGACUGCGUAUUGUAACAAAACUUCAUGAUGGAUAUGAAGACCAAAACCAAUUAGAGGCCAUCAUAGUCAUGGAAGAGUUUUGUAAAGAGCUCUCAGCAAUAGCAUUUGUCAAGCACCAUACUGAAGUAAAUAAGUCAUGUUGAUGACCUAAGGUUAUCCAGAUUUGCUGAUAUUUGAUAGAGAACAUAUCCUCUAUCUGUUUUCUCUAUGUGAAGCUUUUGUUGAAGGAUCUGUGGUGUCUAUAGUUUUGUGAACUCAGCCAAACAGAGAAUUCUCCAACAGAAAUAUGUAAUAGUGUAACAAUCGAAAUUUUCAUGUAUUUAUUGGCAUUCUUCGAAAACAUUGCUAAAAAUAAUUUCUCCAUCUCCAUUGUAUCUCCAGAAUGUUGGAAUGUUCUUACAUGUGUAAUACUCUUUUGAUGUUUUUACAUGUAUCUCAGUUAAAAAUAAUAAAAAUCAUAAAUUUAAGAUAAUGGUUAGAUUGGUGCCUGAAAAUGUAUAUAGAAAAAUUCAGAUGGAAGUAUUUUUUUGCAUGAAAUCCAUAAAUAGUGCAAUAUUUAUAACAAAGUAUUAUAAACAUGUAUCCUUAUUACAUAUUAUAUAUAGUAUUAUGGUAGGGUAAACCAUUUUUUUCUUCAGUAUAUAUUUAUAACUUGGAAAUGUUUAUGCUCGUUAAUGAUGAUAUUGUAUUUAUUUUUUAUUUCCCUGUGUGCCAAACAAUAUGAAUACAGCUGUCUGUUUUUAAUUUAGAAAGUCUCCAAAAUCACGUGAAAUGUGCCGGUAGAGAAAGGGUUAAUGGUCUAAUCAAAGAUUUCAUAUUCUUAAAACUUAGUGUUUUUUGAAAAAGAAAAAAAAUUAUCUGACUUGUAACUGAUUAUUCAUUAAUGUUAUAUUGAAAAAAUUGUUCCCCAGUGAAUUUUAGAUAUUUUAAUUCUUUAGUUUCUGUUAAUUUUCUGUUACUCUGAUAAUUCUAAUGUUAUAUUUAGUUUUAAUUUUAAAAAAUCAUAUUGCAUGAUAAUUUUUUUAAAUUUUAUGUCAGGGACUUUAAUCAUGUAAACUGAAUGGGUUGGAUUAUGCAAUUAAGUUGUAAACAAAAAUAUGAUAAAUUUAUUUCUCUCCCUUUAUGCUUUUAAUCUAAAUGAAUUAAAUUAAAUGUUGUGUUUUCCUUUCUUCAUUGAAAAAUCAGCUGUGAAAUCUUGAUCAAUGCUACAUGUAUAAUUGCAGAUAUUUGCUCAGUAAAUGGGAUAGUUUUUAGGGGUCUUUUCAGAGGGUACUGCAUGUGAACUUCCCCAGAAAUGCCAUACUUCUACAGUAAAUUAUUUUUUAUGAAAAUAAAGAUUUCCAAAUACUUGCAUAAUCCUACUCUGGAAAGGUAAUCUAUUAUCCAUUUUCAAUUAUAUAUUAUUAUUGAAAUACAUGUACAUGUGUUUCAUAGAGAUUUCCUCAGUAUACUAGUCAAACAUUUUAUGUGCACAAAAUAACUGAAUAAUCAUAAAAUAUAUGCAUGCCAUUUAUCACUUUCUCUCCACGAAAUAAAAAGUAUUUUAAGGGUAAA